CGGGCCGAGGCAGCGCGCUGCGGGAUGGAGCCGGCCGGGGCCCCGCCGCACGGCUGCGCCCCGGCCCGGGAGGCGGAGGAGCCCCCGGGAUCCCCGGCCCUCCCCGCCGAGGAGCCGCAGGACGGCCAGCCCGCCGGGGCGCCUCCGGGGCAAGGGGCGCUGCCCUCCGCUGCCGGCCCGGAGCGGGGCCCGCCCGGGCGUGCGGCGCGAGGCAGGGGGCGGCGGGCCCCGGGCCGGCGCGGAGGGGAGGACGGGGGCCGCGCCGGCCGGCGGCCGCGCGUCACGGUUGACAGCUCCAAGGCCAAGACCUCCCUGGAAGCGCUGAAGAUCAGCCUGCGGCAGCUCCGCUGGAAGGAGUUUCCUUUUGGCAGACGCUUGCCGUGUGAUAUCUAUUGGCAUGGGGUAUCGUUCCAUGAUAAUGACAUAUUCUCAGGUCAAGUCAACAAGUUUCCAGGCAUGACGGAGAUGGUACGUAAAAUUACCCUGAGUCGGGCAGUGAGAACAAUGCAAGAUCUGUUUCCUCUUGAAUAUAACUUUUAUCCUCGCUCCUGGAUUCUGCCAGAAGAAUUUCCUCUCUUUGUGACUGAGGUUCGUAUGAUGAAGGACAGCGAUCCAUCCUGGAAACCCACUUUUAUUGUAAAGCCUGAUGGAGGGUGCCAGGGGGAUGGAAUCUACCUCAUUAAAGACCCGAGUGACAUCAGGCUGAUGGGAAGCACCCAGAGCCGCCCAGCUGUGGUCCAGGAAUAUAUCUGCAAACCACUGCUUGUUGACAAACUCAAAUUUGAUAUUCGUCUUUAUGUCUUACUGAAAUCUUUAGAACCCUUAGAGAUUUAUAUAGCCAAAGAUGGACUUUCUAGAUUUUGCACAGAGCCAUAUCAAGAACCCACUCUCAAAAAUUUGCACCAGGUUUUUAUGCACUUAACCAACUACUCACUAAAUGUUCAUAGUGGGAAUUUCAUCCAUUCUGACAGUGUAAACACUGGCAGCAAGAGGACGUUUUCAAGCAUUCUCUGCAGACUGUCUUCCAGAGGAGCUGAUGUCAAAAAGCUGUGGUCAGAUAUAAUUUCACUGGUGAUUAAAACAAUUAUUGCACUGACACCAGAACUGAAAGUUUACUAUCAGUCUGACAUACCAGCAGGAAAGCCUGGGCCAACUUGCUUCCAGAUUUUAGGGUUUGACAUUCUGCUGAUGAAAAACCUGAAGCCCAUGUUACUAGAAGUAAAUGCAAACCCCAGCAUGAGAAUAGAACAUGAGCAAGAGCUUUCUCCUGGAGUAUUUGAAAAUGUCCCAAGCCCUGUUGAUGAGGAAGUGAAAGUAGCUGUUAUCAGAGACACUCUUCGUCUAGUGGACCCUCAGAAGAAAAAGAGAAAAGAUAUCCAGUGUCAGGCUUUGGAGGAGGUGGGAGAAGCCAAGGAAAAGCUACUGGAUGUGGGGCCAGCAGGUGAUGCCCCGCCAAGCCCAGAGGCUCAUCUCCCCUCCCUCUGUCUCAAGCAAGUGUUUCCCAAGUAUGCCAAGCAGUUUAACUACCUGCGGCUUGUGGACAGGGUGGCUGCACUUUUCAUCCGAUUUCUUGGUGUAAAAGGGACAACAAAGUUGGGGCCAACGGGUUUCCGAACGUUCAUCAGGAACUGCAAACUGAGUAACAGCAAUUUUUCAAUGGCUUCUGUAGAUAUCCUGUAUAUUGAUAUCACAAGAAGGUGGAACAGCAUGGGAAUUGACCACAAGGAAUCAGGAAUGUGUUUGCAAGCCUUCAUUGAAGCUUUCUUCUGCCUGGCUCAGAAGAAAUACAAGUCCCUCCCUCUCCACGAGCAAGUGGCGUUGCUGAUGGAUUUCUGUGAGGACCAGCUGGCUGCCCUGGCCGAGAAGCGCGUGGGGAGCGGCCGCGGGGCUGCAGAGCGCCGCAGCACUGCCCUUCCUGCUCAGGCAGACGGAGUGUCCCUGGCAGCCGCCGCACACAGCGCGCUCCUGAGCCGCCCGCCCGCGGGGACCAAGUGUGCGGGCGAUGGAAGCCAUCGCUGUUAAGGGUGCUCCUUCACCAGGACAGGGCUGAGAGGCAAGCCCCAGCUACAGGCGUGUGCUGCAGGAGGAGAGACUCUUGAAUUCCUUCAUCUGGAUAGCCACAGUUCUUUCUUUCAGCUUUUUCCUGUUCACACGCAUCAAGGAGGCUGCUGCAAGCUCCUGUUCUCAAGUCGUGGUCCUGCAAUGGCUGGUUAUUGACCUCGGUGUUGGAGCUGCUGUACACCUCGUGUGACACACUGUGCUUUCAUCCCACAUGGGGAGAAAACCAUGUGUGAAGACAAGGACCAAAAGUACACAGCAGGGUGAUAGGCAGCACUGUGGGGUUGACUGCACUGAGAGGCACACGCCUGUCAAAGGAAUUGUGUUCCUUUGUAUGUGCUGGACGUGUCAUGGAGACCCAGCAAGGAGCUGCAGGCUCAGAUUCCAGUGUGGACUUUAUAAAGCUGAAACCCAGAAUGAUGUCUGUGGUCAGACUCCAGGCUUUGACCCUUUUCUUUCAGUGGCUUGGACUCAAUACAGAUUUGGUCAUUGUCUGCACACUUAAUUUUUAGAGUCAGUCUUAAAGCACUGAAAUCAUUUUUUGGCUUCUCCUUUGUACAUGUCUUUGCCAUGACAAGUACUGUUAAUUUUUUAAAGAAAGAGAAAGAUACUUAUCCUUUUGCUUCCACAGAACCAAUGAGUUCACACUUAUUCACAGGAAAAAUGUACUUUAAGUAAGUGGUGGCUUUGUGUUCAGGUACUGAGCACUGCUGCUGCAAGAGCCUUGGCAGUGUGAAGGCCUAAGGGUUCAUUUAAGUUCCAGUCAAACCAAUCCUGUCACUGACUUUAGACUAAACUAAUUGUACUCUAGCUUUGCCUAUUUUUUUGCCUUUUGCAUGUUUUUUACCCUAGUUGAACCUGCAGGUUUUGUUGUCUUUGCACAUAUUCCCUUUUCUCCCCUUGAAUACGACUGUAACUGUACAGAUCAGAUCUGUUAUGUGUAACAGGAUAUUCUGUCAAAAUGCUGGACUGUACCAGUGGAGCUGCACAGAGUCAUCUGUACCUUUCGUGAAAUGAGCCACGACUUCCAUAAUCACACUCUUCCAGGGAGUGAGCUAAGCAGAACAUGAGACUGGCUGUAAGGACAGGAAUAACUUGGAACUUCAGGGCUGUUCAGUCAAAUUCCUUUUGGUUCCCUGUUUUAUUACAAUAAUGGAUGCCUACAUCUGA